UUUUGCAACGAGCCAACGAGCGGGGAGUUCCCAAGAUUCCGUGCAAAUCCUCUCCUCAUUUCUCCGAGACCCCUCCCGCACCUUUUAGGACGAGCAGCCGACUAUCCUCCACAGCCAAUCCGACGCUAGGGUUCUGCCGCCACGGCCCACCGGCGCCGCGGCCGCCAGAGAUGGACGCCGCGGAGAUCGCGGAGAAGGUCCGCGCCCUCGAGGCCGCGCUCGCCGCCAAGGCCUCCCGCAUCUCUGACCUGGAGGCUAGGGUCUCCCUCCUCGAAGCCGAGAACACGCGCUUCAGGAAGGCCGCGCCCAAUGUACAGGCAAUGGAUCAUUCAGGCGACCAGGGCCCAACCUUCGGCCGAUUGGACGAGGGUUUCGGCGGAAACAAGCAAAACUCAGCGGGAGGCCAUCCGGUAAAUGGUUCUACAGAGGUCAGUGACCGCGGGCCAGAGGGGAUGGCUGUUGGCGUCGCCAUUAGGAGUAGCGCGGAGGAGAGCCUUCUUGCUGUCCCGGCUCCUUGGGAGCGCACAGUGCCGCCGGUGAUUGGCGAGAGCGGCGGCGAAGACGAGAUCGAGGAUGCUGAUGUGGGUCUUGAAGACGAUGAUGUUCCGAUUAUGCCACGAGGCAACAAGCGUAAAGCGAUGAUUGCCAGCGAUAGCGACGACGAGGACUGGAAUGACAAGGAUGGUAAAGUGCAGGAGGGGUUGGGUGUUACACCCGGUGGAAAGCGUUUGUUAAGUGGACUCAGUGAUGAUGAAGAUGAUGCUGAGGAUGUUUGUGUGGUUAGGCCAGAGCAUGUGCCAUGUGCAGCUGAGACAGGGAUUGAAGAUGAGGAGGACGAGGACGGGGAUGAUAGAAUCGUCAUUCGUGAAGUGGUUCAGACGACGAAGGACGAGAGGGGCAGUAGAGAUGAUGGUGAAUUGGGUGAAGAGUAUGUGGAGAGUGAGGAUGAUUCAGCAGAAGCCAGUAGUAUGGAUGGAUUUAUAGAUGAUGAGGAUUGUUCAGAAAAUUAUAAUGAAGAGCCUGUUGAGCCAGAAGAGUCUGACGGUGACAUGAACUAUAAAGAUGUUAUGGAUGCGAUACGUCGCAAAAGGAAUGCUAAUGGUAAGGGGUGGGACUACGAGGCAGAGAUGCUCUCAGCAUUUGCUGAACAGGAUGAACUUUGCUUGAAAGCCGUAUGCGCUCUCUACCGAAAGCAAACUGAGGAAGAACAGUCAAUAAAAGCCAGCAUGGUGCAUAACGGACAAGGAUUUAGCCAGAUGGAUGCUGUUAGGGGAUCUCACAUAGCAGAGUUUCUUCUGGAUGGUGAUGCUCUUGGACCACCUAGGAAAACUGUCGAUGAUUUGGAAAAAUACAACAAAUAUGCUCUCAAGUUCUGUCAGAAGAUCGCUAGGCAUUACUCAAAACAGCUUUUUGCGAUAUAUCAGAACAAGGAGGACCCCUACUUUCCCUGAAUGGUAAUGCUAACUCCAGAUGGUGACCUUUGUGUGGCCGUUGUAAUGUUUUGCAUGCUCAAGCCUGUCCCUGUCAUUUUUGUGUAUAUAUACGUUCAGUUCUCGUUUCUUCUGAUGCAGUUAGGGCAUGCUAAAGUUAGUUUUGGGGGAUGGCAACCAUCCUAUGUAAAUCACUAGGAUGCAUGUUUCUAAGAAAAGUGGUUGUCUGAUC